CAGAGGUAUUUUCAUCACGGAAUUUUAUAAUGGAUUAUGCAGAAUUCGCAGAGCAAAAUACAGAGAAGAAGGUCUGCAUUGUGGGAUCUGAACUUGUGGAAAACUACACCGUUUACAUCAUUGAAGUGACUGUGGGAGCACAUAAAUGGACUGUUAAGCACCGAUACAGUGACUUCCAUGAUUUACAUGAGAAACUCACUUCAGAGAAGAAAAUCGACAAAAAUCUGUUGCCACCUAAGAAAAUCAUUGGUAAGAACUCCAAAAGCCUGGUUGAAAAGAGACAGAAGGAGCUGGAGGUGUACCUUCAGACACUGCUAAGCAGAUUCCCUGUGGCUGCACCUAAAGUCUUAUCCUACUUCCUACAUUUUCAUUUGUAUGAAAUUAAUGGAAUAGCUGCUGCCCUUGCAGAGGAACUGUUUCAUAAAGGUGAGCAGUUGUUGGUGGCUGGUGAGGUAUUUUUAUUGAGACCCCUGCAGCUUUAUGCUAUCACUCAACAACUGAAACAUGCCAAACCAACCUGUGCCAAUGGAGAUGCCAGGGCAGACCUAGGGCACAUUCUGGAUUUUGCCUGUCGACUCAAAUAUCUCAAGAUCCCUGGAACGAAGGGAGUAGUGGGGACUAGCAGUAUUCAAGAGCACACACUUCCAUUUGACCUGUCUUUUUUCAAAUCACUCCAUCAGAUUGAGAUCAGCGAUUGUGAUGCAGCACAGAUAAAAGGCUUGCCUUCAUUGAAACCCACUCUGGCAACACUGAGCAUUCAUCAGUCAGCAACAACAAUGAAGGAGAUUUUAGUUCCAGAAGCCUCUGAGUUUGCUCAGUGGGAGCCUGAAGGAGUGGACACAGACUGCCCUGUGACAGCAGUCAUUCCAACAUGGAAGAUGUUGACAACUUUGGACAUGAGUCACAAUCACAUCAGCUGCAUUGAUGAGUCUGUUAAAUUAAUUCCUCAAGUUGAAUUCCUUGAUCUAAGUUAUAAUGAGCUUUCACUUGUGGAAAACCUUCAGCAUUUGUACAACUUGGUGCACUUGGACCUGUCUUACAACAAGCUCACAGUACUUGAAGGAGUUCAUACCAAGCUCGGGAACAUUAAAACUCUGAAUCUGACCGGGAAUCAGCUUGAAACCCUCUCUGGUCUUAGUAAACUUUACUCUCUUGUCAACUUGGAUUUAAGCAACAACAAACUAGCUCAGUUGGAUGAAAUAAAGCACAUUGGAACGCUCCCGUGUUUGGAAAAACUCUGCCUCACCAACAACCCCAUGUGUAUCAUUCCAGACUACCGAACAAAAGUUUUGGCUCAGUUCUGGGACAGGGCUUCUGAGGUUUGCUUGGAUUGCACUGCAACUACAGAGAAGGAGCUUGACACUGUGGAGGUACUGAAAGCCAUUCAGAAAGCCAAAGAAGUCAAAGACAGAAUGGCAAACAAUGAAAAAAAGAUCAGUGAUGCACCCAGACAGUCAGCAAGUGGGCCACUCGCAUCCUCUUCUUCUUCUCUUGCUGUGCCACAUGCCCUCUCUCCAUCUCUUUCUCAGUCAGCCAGCUCCAGCCAAGAAAUAGUAUGUAAAGAUGAAGCCAUUACAACCAAAGAAAUACUGACUCCCGUGGAUUCUACACCUACCCAGCGAUGCAAUAAUACACACAGCACAUCAAACGAGAUGACUCCUCAGGUUAAAACUGAACACCUUGAUUUGUCCUCUGAGAACCCCAGUGAUCAAGAAGUUGAAUGUGGGAACGUCAGUUGCUGCUCUUGUUCAGAACACCAAGACCCAUGGAUUACCAGCAACACCACACCAGUACUCCCUGUCUACUUGCUAUCAUACAGCACUGCCAACCUAGACUUCACCGCCCGACUGUCUGCCCUCAUCAGCCAGGCACACUGGGAGAGCGGACUUAUGCCCUCCAAUCAGGAAGAACCUCAGACCUCGGAGGUGACUGAGCAGGGCAGUCCAGACUCAGGGGACGGGUACUUUGAGAUGGGCCUGGAUAAAGGUGAAGAGAUCUUGGGCUGCUCGUCUUCCUCUGUAGAACAGGGAAAAGAGACAGAUGAGGUGAAAAGGGAGGCCGUUCACGUCAGUAAAGUGAUGUGGUCUCACUGCGUGCGGGUGGCUGAUGGUGUGGGUGUGAACCAGUGGCCGUGUUGCUUCACGUUGACAGACAGCUUGGUAGCGAUCCUAAGAGCCCAGUCCACAGAGCUGCCCGAGAACCUGCAAAAACUUAUGGAGAGCCUCAAGGUUGACUUGAUUGUGCCAUACACGGACAUCGAGGCUUUUCAGUUUGACAUUCCAGAGACCUGCAUCUCUCUGAGAGUGAAGUCCUGCCCGACACGGUGGUACUUCCUCUCAGAUGGUGAAAGCUUAAAAGAGAUUCAUUCCGCAGUGGGGUCACUGGUAAAUGGUGCUGCCCACGAGCAGACCGGAGGGCCAGCCUCACCUCAGCAGCUCCUACGGCAGUUCCUGAACUCCUGGGAGAUGGAGGAGAAUGACAGCAUGGUGAGAGGAGGUCAUUCAGCUCACCUCCUUCACCUCGCCUCUUUGUCCUGCCUUAACGAGGAGGUCUCAAAUACCUCACAGGCUCAAAGUAGCUCUGUCCCCCCUGACACGCUAUCUCAGCUGUGCCCCUGUGAGAGCGACCAAAGCUUCACCUCGGUGCCCUGUCUCCUUUUCCUCUCCGGGCGCCACCUGUGUAUCUUGAAGGUGGAUUUCGUGGCUCUGACAGCCAGAGACUUGUCCGAAGUCCAGCGAGUACGCCUCUCCUCCAAGCUUACUCGCAUCCCCCUGGGUUCUGUGCUCCUUGACCCAAGGCAGUGCUGCCUUGGUCGUUCUGACAAGCCCACGCAGCAGUUCCAUAGCGGCCAUGUCCUAGAACUGAUGGCUGGUCACGAACGCAUCACGGCAGUGUUUACCCGACCUCACGACAAAUUCAUCUUCUUGCGAGAGUUCAGUCAGUCCCGCGCCAGCCUCAGAGACGUUAAGACCAUCGCUCUACUACAGACAAAACACUGUCAAUGCAAAGUCAACCAGUUUUCCACACCAAGCAAAAACAUCCAAAUGUUGCAGAUGUCCAGUGUUCCUCAGGGAGUGCACAGGCCCCAUUUAACGCUCUCUCUGCUGUACCCGACUGAAUCCCUCAUCCUAAAACUCUCCGAGGAGAAUCAGUGUCCAUCCCACCUCUCCCUCUCUCCCUCUCUCCACUACCUGUCUUCACUGAGAGGAAAGGAGAUUGUCCAGUUCUUCCAUAACAACAUUGCUGAGGUGGAGAAUGAGGAGCUGAAGCACAUCCUGUGGUCGUCUGUGUUGUUCUACAAGUCCCCUGACGUAGAAAUGGCCUCGUGCAUCAUGCUCUCCACCCAGGCAGUCUACUUCAUCUUGGAUGAUGUGGCCGCCACUCUAAGUAAUCAAGUGAUGUGGAAUUGGCAUCCAUCAGAGCAAAAGGAGGCAGACUUUACCAUCUCAUUCUGUUUAACCAUCAAGCUCAGUGACCUGCAGAGUGUUAACGUAGGGCUGUUUGACCAGUACUUCAGGGUUGUUGGUUUGUCAGCAGACCACAUUAUUUCAUGCCUAAGCCGAGACAGCUACAACACACAUGACUUUCUCCAGCAGCUGAUGACUGUUCUGUCCUUACUGGAAAAAAUGCCCUCUCCAGAGCCUUCCGAGCAAGAUUUUUACUCGCAGUUUGGGAAUAAGAGCACAGGUAAAAUGGAGAACUAUGAAUUGGUCCACUCCAGCAAGGUGAAGUUUGUGUAUCCGAGUGAGGAGGAGAUAGGGGACUUGACGUUCAUUGUAGCGGAGAGGAAAGGACCACAAGGGGCGCCGCGGUCUUUCAAUAUUCUGCUCUAUGUGCUGGUGUUCCAAGUGCAGAGUGCUGGGGGCCAGUCCACUGAUAACUCGUGUCUCCUUCAACCCAAAACCCUCAUCCUCACCAGCACUGACAUCUUCCUGUUGGACGAGGACUACAUCAGCUAUCCGCUUCCAGACUUUGCCAAAGAGCCACCUCCGAGGGACAAGUACUGCCUCACAGACGCGCGUCGCAUCCGCGACCUGGACAGAGUGCUCAUGGGAUACCAGCCGUACCCCCAGGCUCUCACGCUGGUCUUUGAUGACGUUCCAGGCCCAGACUUAUUGUGUCACCUGACCAUGGACCAUUUUGCAGAGGAGCAGAGCGGCGGGGAGAAGAUGCAGGGAACAAGUGGGGCUGAGAGCGAGGUGCAGUGGUGUAUAUUUGUGCCCGGGGCAGACAGCAGGGAGAGGCUGAUCUCACUCCUGGCCCGGCAGUGGGAGGCGCUGUGUAGCAGGGAGCUACCCGUAGAACUGACUGGCUGAAGGACAAAAAAACCCACAUUCACCCUUUACAAAAAGUCACAAAAGAGAGUAGGACCAGUUCCCUUUUUCCUGACACACACACAAGUCCGCACGCACGCA